GCAGCUCCCCCGCGCCCGGCUGUGCCUCCUCCCUCUCCGGAGGGUGUCUAGGGAAGGCAAACGGCACCCAGGACGGCAGGAGAAAGAGGAAGAGAGAGGAGGAAGAGGAUGAAGGAUGAAGAUGGGUCCUGUGCCAUGGCUGAUCCCUCGUCCACAUCCGACCUUGCAACCCUGGCUCUGUGUCAUGUCGAUAGAUCUUACUUAGAACUGGGUCAUGGAACAUUUGGUCAGACAGUGCUGCCUAAUCCUAAAACAGGUGUUAAUCCCUGUGAAGUUUGGUGCAAUCAGCCUGUGGAGAGAUUAAGAGAACAUUGCAACGUGAUUAAAAUCCAGAUGCUUUGGCCUCUUCUCUUCACCCAGGAAAGCAUUUCUUUCCAAGAGGAAUUUGGUUUGCUCUUUCAGGGGUGGCGUCUGUGGAAGACAAUGUCUGAGUGUAAUUUUGUGGAAGACCUUGCUGAUUUAAUUAAAAAAGUUGUUAACAUUCCGCACUUUAUCAGUGGCAUUUUGAGGAUUGGCAAUGGGAUAGAAAAUGGUUUCUUUGACAUCGAGGAGGCAGUGGAUUGGAUCAGGUGUGUGGGUGAUGCCAACGUUCUGCAGGGCCUGGAGGAACUCAGGGAUUUUCGCCGGCUUAAACUCGCCACUGUUUUUACUCAGUGGGAACGUUCCAUUGUUAAAGUUGCAUUGGAAGAUUGUGAUUUAGUUGAAGAAUUGAAAGCUCAGACCUGUGAGAGCUCCAGGAAGGAGAGUGAAUUUAUGAAACAGAGAGGAAAUGAAGUAUUUUCCCGUGGAGCCUUUGUUCCUGCUAUAAUCUCAUAUACUAGAGCCAUAGAGCUUUGCCGUACAAACCACUUUCUGUAUGGAAACAGAGCUCUUUGUUUCAUUCUCACAGGAGACUACGAGAGAGCUGUCGUUGAUGGGAAAAGAGCCACUGUUUUGAAGCCUGAUUGGCCAAAGGGUCACCACCACUACUGCAAGGCCCUGGCCCUGCUGGGGAGGCACGAGCAGGCUCUGGAGGCAAACGAGAGAGCUCAGGAGCUCUGCAGGGACGUCCCCGACGGGCUCAAGGAACUUGUUCAACAGCAUCACAGGCUGAAAAGGACCUUAGAAGAAAUUAGUGGUACUAAACAACGUAAACAGAAGGCAAAGAAGUCUCUGCUUGAGAAAAAAGACUGCAGUUCUUCAAAAUCUCACAGAGUAACCUCUCAGGAACAAAAAGAAUUAGAAAAGAUCAGAAAGAGAACUCAGGCUGAUCCUAAAGGUCCUCAAAAACACGAUCCCAAGAUGACUGACACCCAAAGACCAGAAAGCAAAGUUUCCACGCUGGAGUUGCCACAAAACCAAAGUCAUCAAAACAAACGAAAGCAAAAACCCAAACCUGGUGACUCUGAAAAAAUGAGGGAUCACCUUGAGUUGAAGAGAGAGUCUAAAGCCAUGGAAGAUAAAGGCCUCUGUGCUGUGCCACAGAUGGAUUUCAAUACAGAAGAUGUAAAAAACCCCAGGAACAAGGGAUUUACAGCCUCCCUGGAGGAGUGUCCCAGUGAUAAACCCAUCCUUCUACCCACGUUGAGAGCUUUAGGUGCUGCAGAACGUGAGGUAUUCCAGGUGGAUUUUAAUGCCUUGCCAGAAGGUGUUACAUCCCUUGCUCGUGAUGGUUGCACAGCCCUGAUGGACCAGCAGUGUCACAGUGCAGAACAAGCCUUCUCACAGCUGCUCAGCAUUCUGUAUACUUCAGAAUUUAGGUGUCUGAAUAUUCAUAAAAUUAAUUAUACCAUAAUCAUCUAUGGACAUGCCACUGCCCUCCUGGGAAUAGGACAACCUGAGGCAUUGGCAAAAGCUGAAGACCAGUUUAAGAAAAUAAUUGAAGAAUACCCAGAAGAAAGAUGCUUUUGUUUGGCACACUAUGGAAUUGGGAGGGUUUACCUCAGGCAAAACAGAUUUGCUCAUGCACUCGAUCAGUUCCUGAGAUCAAAGCUGAUGAUUGAUUUGAAGAUUGUCCCGGGGGUGUUGACGUGGCCGGCGACAACUCGGGUCAUCGAGGAGACUCAGACAGAGAGUUUGCAGAUGGCUUUAAGGAAUUGUAUUGAGCAGUGCAAGUUCCCUCCAGAACCAGAUGCUGUCUGUCGGUAUCAGCAGUGCCACGGCCACUCCAAAAUCCAAAUAUUUUUUACAGACCCAGACUUUAAGGGUUUUAUACGUGUUAUUUGCUGUCAGCAGUGCAGGGUGGAGUUUCAUAUGAGCUGCUGGAAAAAGUUGAAAACAACAAGCUACAGUGAUAAAAAUGAUAAGGAUUUCCUUAAGGAAUUGUGUUUUACUCCCGAUUGUAAAGGCCUUAUUUCAAAAAUAAUUAUUUUCAGUUCUUCUGGUGCAGUAAAAUGUGAAUUUGAACUAAAAAUCACAAAACCCAAGGGACCACCAAGGGCCUCUAUUAAACAGAAAUGUUCAAGUGUAAAUAAAAAACCUUUAUAUAAUGUUGUUCCUUCAGUUAUUGAUGCACGUCCCUUUGAUAUAACUGAGUUUUUGGGUCAGUCUAUUUUAGUAUUAUCCAGUGGAGUUAGUACAGCCCCACGAGAAGAAGAGAAGAUAUUUAUAGAAGAAAAUAAUUUAUACACAGAUUUUACAAAUGAACCAUUUUUAAUCCCAGAAUAUCUCCAGAAGCAACUGGAGGAAUUUGAAGCUCUCUAUGAAGUUUCAAAUAGUAACAGUUAUAAUAAUCCAGAUCCAAUCUCUGAGAGUUUAUAUGAGUAUUUCACUCAAAUCUUGGACGAACAUGGCCCUCUGGAAAUUAAUAAUAAAUUACUAGUUGGGGAAUAUGAAAAUUUCCCUGAAGAAACACGAAAGGUCGUGGAGGAUCAGGGUGGCCUGGAAUCUUUCCUUCUGAAAUCCCUUCGUUUCAUUAUGGUGGAUAAUCUUAUUUGCUUAAAGAAGCACUCGGUCUUCUUUGAGGGAAAUACAAACAGAAGUGAAAAUUAUAUAGAUGGGAAUGUGCAAGGGAAUCAUUCCCAGAAAAACCUCCGGUUAAAUCCAGAUGCUGAGGAAUUCAAGCCCCAGUCCUACCCUGUUCAACCCCAUAUACCACCAUCACCUGACUUAAGUUAUGAGACUCUACAAUAUUUGCCCUAUUCCUUCCCUGCUUCCUGGAGAUCCAGGAAUUCCUUGCAAAGCCAGAGUAUCGAUUCCAUGGAAAACAAGUCGUCGUUUGCAGACGUUUUACUAAAAAACCUGGAUUCUACAAGUCCCAUAUUUUUGCCUCAGACUUCCUGGGGUUACCAAUAUGGAAGGAUAUUGCCUGUGCCUUCUCCAGUGCCUGUCCUGCCACAUGUUGCCAGGCAGCCUGGUUAUAUCUAUGCUGACCCUGCAGCUCCUCAGGAUAAUCAGGAAUCAGCAAUUCCAGUCAGAAAAUACGUCCGUGAUAAUUUCAUCCCAACUGAAAUCCAAACGUGUGAAGACCCCUGUGGCCAAUUGGAGAACUCGGAUAAAGAGAAUUUGGCUGCUCCAGGUAGUUCAGAUGAAGCUGAAAAUGGUAAACAGGUUAUUAAGGUGGAAAAAGGAAGCAAAAGUAAACCUGGAAUGAAGAGCAACCCCCAUAUAAGGAUGGUGGCUGUUCAGGUCAAUCAGGAAGUAGCUGAUAGGGAAACCAACACUUUGCCUUUCCAUCCAUUUGAAAACCAACAAGGAGAUAUUCUGCGUGUGGAAAAGGAGCAUCAGGUGCUGAAAGAACAACUGAAAGAGGCAGAGGAGAAAUUUGAGCAGCUGCAGAGCCGAAGUUCGGAGGAAAUCAGUGCUUUGGAAGAGCUCCUGAGGAAAAGCGUGGAAGAGACUGAGGUCUCCCAGAAUGAACUGGAUUGGUUUCACCAGGACUCGGAAGCACAAGGGAAGAAAUGGCAGCAGGAGAAAAAAGAGAACAGAGACAACUUAAAAGCACUGAGGAGCACGGCCAAAAAACACACAGACACCAACGAGAGGUAUUUGAAGACCAUUGACGACAAGGAAAAGCAAUAUAAUGUAUAUUUAAAUACAUUUCUGGACACCAGUAAUAAAUUUGCUAAUGAGAAAGUAAAAUUGGAAGAGCUUAUAAAAAAGAGUCAAGAUGACUGCCAGGAGUGUGUGAAAAGAGCUGUUAAAGCAGAGAUCUCAGUAUUCCAGAACUGGAAGGAAAGUGAAGUUUGGAAGCUCAGUGGCACCGUUGCCAAAGCAGAAGCAAAUCUCAAGAUGCUGAAGACACUGAGCAGUAGCUCAGCUUCAGCAGCACCUUUGUUGAAGGCACAGAUUGAUUCCUGGGAAACUUUUAUUUCCAAUGUAAAGAAACAGCUGGAAAAAGUAGAGGCUGAGUAUGAGGAGAAAAUUGAGCUGGUGAAAAGUGGUGCCCAGAUUUCCCUCACUAAGGUGGAAAUUAUGGAUAUUCCCUCUCCUCCCAGUGUCCUGACAAUCCCAGCCAGACCUUUGGUCAGUGAUCCAGCCAUUGUCACCUAUUCCUUGGCAUCUGCACAUCCCAGUUCACUUCCUGCAUUUUCCAGUCCUGAAGGUCAAGGUCCAACACAACCAUCCCUUCAAACCCAGGCUGGAGCUAAGGCAGCACAUGCCACCACUGAGGCUUCUUCUGCAAGUGGUGGAUCCAUGAAAACACAUCCCCAACCUCCAGAGGGAUCAUAUUCCAAUAAACUCCCGUCACCUCACCCAUCAGGGAUUUCUGGAAGUGCCACUCAGCCAACCCAGAACCACCAGGAUGCCUCAGCUCUGCAACCAAGGCCUCCUGCACUUCCAAACAACAAAAAGCUUCCAAAAGCACUGGAAAAUAUUAUUGCACGGCUCCAGAGUAUAUUCCCAAACUACAGCAGUUCAGAUUUCACUGGUUUUAUAAGAGAGGUGCAGAGAAGAAAUGGGAACACCCUGUCAGGUCUGAGCUCGGAUGAGGUUCUGAACCGAGUGACGGAGCUGAUCCUGGACCAGCAGAGCCAGGCACCAACUUCAGCAGGGAGAGUCUCUGCUCCACCAGCCCCGACCGGAACACGGAGUCGGGAAGCGGGUGCAGAAGGAAAUGCCCCCAGUCCCUCCAGAGCAGGACCUGCACCUAAAAACACCUCAAAUAAAAACCCACGUCAGCCAAACCUCCAGCCCUGGGGGAAUGUUGGAGCAAUACCUAAAGCUAAAUGGAAAAAGCAGGACAAUGCAGCCUCCAGCGAGGAUCCCUGCACGAUCUGUCACGAUGAGCUGAGCAAAGACUCGUGUGAACUGGAGUGUGGGCAUCAUUUUCACAGAGAAUGCAUCAGAACGUGGCUCAAGGAACAUUCCAGCACCUGCCCCAUCUGCCGUGUCCACGCCCUCCUUCCCGAAGACUUCCCUGAGCUUCCUGCAUGGAACAAGUGCACCUAGUCCUGGCUUUAUUUCAACACUUUAUAGCAAUAAUCAUCAUCAUAAUCAUCAUAAUCACAUGCAAAGUGGCUGCAGAGUAACCCCAGAGCUGAGGGACAGCACCAGGCCCCUGGUUUUAUUGGCAGUGGUGACAGAGCUCAGGCUGAGUUGGGAUUUAACACUUGGCAUUAAGGCCCAGACUCCAAGAUCCAGCACUUUUCCUGGUUGCUGCCUGAACGUGAGAAGCUGAUGUGGUUCAGGGCUGGCAGCACACAAAACUGGCCUUUGUUUGAUUUUUUUUUAAUUUAAUUGAAAAGUAGCAAAUCUAUUUUAUCUGGAAGGCCAGAGCAUAAUUCCUGUAAAGAGGGAGUUUUCCCUCAGGUUUAUUCCACACUGCAACCAAAUUCCAAUAUCAAACAAGCAGGAGACCCAAAUGCAGAACUGGAAGAGCCAAGAUAUUCCCUUCCUCUGGCAUCAGCAAUUCCAGUUGAACUGCAGGAUUCCAGUCAGGCCCUUUGGAGUGCAGUUCAUCCCUGCAGCUCCUCUCUCUGCAUAAAAUUGUUUAAAUACUGACUUUUAGUAAUUUAUUGAAGCAAGAAUUUUAAAGUGUUCAUGUGAAUGGAGCUGGAAUACAGUGGAUCCAUUCUUUAACGGAUUCUUUAAUUCAAACCCUCAAAAUAGGGUUUGAAUUCCCCCCCACUGUUGAAGAGCUGAUCUGUUUAAAUGGGAAUGACAGGAUUUUUAUUUUGGCUAAAGCAACAUCUGUAUUUUGUGCAGGAACUGGUCACCAGUGAGGGGCAGAAUUUAAACAGCUCCAAGAAUGGUUUUCCCACUGCCUUCAGAGUCUGAGCUUGCCAGAGCACCUUCAGCACUGUCACAUUUGCCUCCAAGAGCCAAAAAAUGAGGAGUAGAGACUGAAAAUCUCAAACUGAAAAUCAAAUGUGGCUGUUGUCUGAAUCCAGGCAGCAUUAACUGGAUUAUGAGCUCAUUAGCUAAUUCUAGGGAUCACUUGUUCCCCCCAGUGAUAAAUAUCCUCCAGCUGAAGUUUUAAACUACUCUGUGAUUAAUCAGUGUAUGAAUUGGCACUUGAAUAAGAAAUUAAAAUUACUGCUGCAGCUCAUGCA